AUGCAGGUCCCCAGCCCCAGCGUGCGCGAGGCGGCCUCCAUGUACGGCACCGCGGUGGCCGUCUUCCUCGUCAUCCUAGUGGCCGCGCUGCAGGGCUCGGCCCCCGCCGAGAGCCCCUUCCCCUUCCACAUCCCCCUGGACCCCGAGGGGACCCUGGAGCUGUCCUGGAAUGUCAGCUACGCGCAGGAGACCGUCUACUUCCAGCUCCUGGUGCGGGAGCUCAAGGCUGGCAUUCUGUUUGGGAUGUCGGACCGGGGGGAGCUGGAGAACGCCGACCUGGUGGUGCUCUGGACUGACGGGGACGGUGCCUACUUCGGGGACGCCUGGAGUGACCAGAAGGGGCAGGUCCACCUGGACUCCCAGCAGGAUUACCAGCUUCUGCGGGCACAGAGGACCCCAGAGGGCCUGUACCUCCUCUUCAAGAGACCGUUUGGCACCUGCGAUCCCAACGACUACCUCAUCGAGGACGGCACCGUCCACCUGGUCUACGGGCUCCUGGAGGAGCCGCUCCAGUCGCUGGAGGCCAUCAACACCUCCGGCUUGCACACGGGGCUGCAGAGGGUGCAGCUGCUGAAGCCCAACAUUUCGCAGCCGGCCCUGCCCGCGGACACGCGCACCAUGGAGAUCCGCGCCCCCGAUGUCCUCAUCCCCGGCCAGGAGACCACGUACUGGUGCUACAUCAGCGAGCUCCCGGCCGGCUUCCCCCGGCACCACAUCGUCAUGUACGAGCCCAUCGUCACCGAGGGCAACGAGGCAUUCGUGCACCACAUGGAGGUCUUCCAGUGCGCCGCCGAGGUCGAGAGCGUCCCCCACUUCAGCGGGCCCUGCGACUCCAAGAUGAAGCCGGAGCGGCUCAACUACUGCCGCCACGUGCUGGCCGCCUGGGCCCUGGGCGCCAAGGCCUUUUACUACCCAGAGGAAGCUGGCCUGGCCUUUGGGGGCCCCGGUUCCUCCAGAUUUCUUCGCCUGGAAGUUCACUACCAUAACCCGCUGAUGAUAAAAGGCCGGCGCGACUCCUCGGGCAUCCGCCUGUACUACACGGCCACGCUGCGGCGCUUCGACGCGGGCAUCAUGGAGCUAGGCCUGGUGUACACGCCCGUGAUGGCCAUCCCCCCACAGGAGACGGCCUUCGUCCUCACCGGCUACUGCACGGACAAGUGCACCCAGCUGGCCCUGCCCGCCUCGGGGAUCCAUAUCUUCGCCUCUCAGCUCCACACACACCUGACGGGCCGGAAGGUGAUCACGGUGCUGGCCAGGGACGGCCGGGAGAGGGAGGUCGUGAACAGGGACAACCACUACAGCCCACACUUCCAGGAGAUCCGCAUGUUGAAGAAGGUGGUGUCUGUCCACCCGGGAGACGUGCUCAUCACCUCUUGCACGUACAACACGGAAGACAGGAGGCUGGCCACUGUGGGGGGCUUUGGGAUCCUGGAGGAGAUGUGCGUCAACUACGUGCACUACUACCCUCAGACGCGGCUGGAGCUCUGCAAGAGCGCCGUGGACCCUGGCUUCCUGCAGAAGUACUUCCACCUUGUGAACAGGUUCAACAGCGAGGAAGUCUGCACCUGCCCCCAGGCCUCCGUCCCCGAGCAGUUUGCCUCCGUGCCCUGGAACUCCUUCAACCGCGAGGUGCUCAAGGCCCUGUAUGGCUUCGCGCCCAUCUCCAUGCACUGCAACAAGUCCUCGGCCGUCCGCUUCCAGGGCGAGUGGGAUCGGCAGCCCCUGCCCGAGGUUGUGUCCAGGCUGGAAGAGCCCACCCCUCACUGCCCGGCCAGCCGGGCUCAGCGCCCUGCAGGCCCCACCAUGCUCAACAUCGGCGGGGGCAAAGGUUGAGUGUGGGCAGUCUCUCCGCUCCCCUCAUCGUGCGGUCCCUGUGGGCUCACGCCAGUUCUGUGCACCCCCUACUUUGUGAAGACCCCCAUGGAACAGCCCAGCAUGGAGGGCUGGACCAAGCCACUGCCACAGACCAGGGUCCAGUCCAGCUUUCUCCCCCGGGGACCCCCUGCAUGGCUGAGAGUGUCCUGUGACAGCUCUUACUGACCCAUGAGGACCAGGUGGACCGAGACCCUUGCACACCCUUUGACACAGCAUAAGGGUAACCCCGCUUGGGCGUCUAGAGUCCAGUGCCCCGGGAGCCCUGCCAUCUCACUGGACGCAGGAGCCCCGCGUCCCCAGUCCCUGCGGACGGCGGUCAGUGUUGGCGUGUGACGGGUACGAGCGCUGUUGUACUUAAACGUGUCCCUGCAGACUGGCUUGUGUGUUGCGGUGGGCGUCUUCCCUGCCGAUGGGGGCAGGACAAACCACUUAGCUCGUUAGAGACGCGCCUGGGGAAAUUGUUCCGUUGCAGGGUAAAUAGAUAUUUUCGCCCACCUAAAGGGAAACCCUAAGAACAACUCUCACCACCAGCAAAAGGAUGUGACGGCAAAGAUCCAGACCAGGGUCUGGGCGCCAGCUCCCUGGGAGAUGGGGUUAAUGGCCCAAGUCACUUCUCUCUGUGGUGGGACAGGUGGCUAACAGAGCAAGCAAACCCUGGAAUCAGACCUGUGAUAGAAGCCCGGCCCCACCUCCCCAUCCCGCAGUCUUCUCAUCUGUAAGACGGGGCCAGUGUCACGCAGGUUACUGAGACGAUAAAGCUCACGCCUGGGGCCGGCACCGGUCACAGCUAAUGCAGGGCGGUGAUGCCUGGCCAGGCCCUGCCUCCUGGGCCA